AUGAUUCAAUCACCUUCAACAGAACAGCUUAUCAAUGCUGAUUCGCCAUUUGACAGAGUUGAGAACUUAUCUGAAAUUGAUGUUGAUAUCGGCUACAAUAGACGGAAUAACACGAAUGAGCGUUUAACAAUCAAUCAUCUAUUCGCCGUAUUGACAGCUGUAACGGGUACAGCAUUUCAUUUUGGAUAUGCCAGUGGUGUAAUGAAUAAUCCACAAGGAGUAAUAACGCAAUUUAUUUCUGAAUCUUAUGUGAAACAUCACAAUAAUCAAACAUUGUCUCCAAAUACAGUAACAUGGAUAUUUUCAUUCUCUGUAUCAGUAUUUGCACUUGGUGGAAUGAUUGGAGGAAUUUGUAGCGCAUUUAUCACUGAUAGAUUUGGAAGAAAAGGUGGAAUGUUUUUAAACAAUAUAGUUUCUAUUAUAGCAGCUAUUUUCAUGUUCAUAUCGAAAAUAAUCGGAUACUAUGAAGUUUUAAUUAUUGGAAGACUCUUAAUUGGAGUGAGUUGUGGUUAUGGAUCCAGUGUUGCCCCAACAUACAUCAAUGAAAUAACUCCAAGACGAUUACGUGGCACGUUUGGUACAACAUUUCAAUUAGGCGUUGUUGUCAUUUUAUUUUUAUCACAAAUAAUUACCUUAGAACAUAUAUUAGGCGGUUAUAACACAUGGCAUUAUGCACUUGGUUUAACCAUUGUGUUUAGUAUAGCUCAAGUUAUUAUGUUAUGUUUUGUUCCAGAAAGUCCAAAAUAUUUAUUAUUAAUGAAGGGAGAUACUAAUAAAGCAGAAAAAGCUCUCAAGUGGUUACGUCAAAAUAAUAAUAAUGAAAGUGAAAUUAAUGAAAUGCAAUCUGAACAACAAACGGAACGUGUGAAAAUUAUCGAUUUAUUUCGACAAAAACCGUUAGCCUAUGCAUUAUUAAUCACUGUUAUAUUACAAUUAUCUCAACAAUUAUCGGGCAUCAAUGCUAUAUUUUAUUAUUCAAAAUCGAUAUUUCUUAAAGCCAAUUUUAGUACACAUGUGGCCGAUUAUGCAACAUUAGCCUUGGGUGGAACAAAUAUUAUUGUCACAGUUGUUAGUAUAUUUUUAAUUGAUAGACUUGGAAGACGACCAUUACAUUUGUUAGGAUUAACUGGAAUAUUCAUUUCAAGUGUCAUACUUGUUAUAUCAUUGUUGAUGAAAUCAACGGGUUGGUCGUACGUUAGUCUGAUUAGUUCAAUCAUUUUUGUUGUCUUCUUUAGUAUCGGACCAGGAUCAAUUCCAUGGUUAAUUACAGCCGAAUUAUUUUCACAAGCUCCACGUGCUGCCGCGAGUAGUGUGGCCGUAUUGGCUAAUUGGAGUGCAAAUUUUGCAGUCGGUAUUGGAUUCAAACCACUUUUUGAAUAUAUUUUACACGAGUAUACAUUUUUAUUAUUUUCUGGUUUGUUAGUAUUUUUUAUUUUAUUUACAUUUUUUUUCGUUCCUGAAACAAAAGCGAAAACAGUUAAUGAAAUCUAUGAUGAUAUUAAUAAUGGAAAAUUAUGGGAACAAUCAUUAUUCAGAAAUAGAAGAGCCAACAUCGCAUGUUAG